CCACGAUGGUGGUGGGAGAGAACAAGCGGUCCAACAUCAUGGACGGCAUCGAGAACACCGGUGACGUCCGUCUGCAUGACCAUCGGCUGCGGCUCAAACAGAGAUUUGACAUAGUCCGGAAACUCGGACAGGGCACGUACGGCAAAGUCCAGCUAGGCAUAAACAAGAAAACUGGGCAGGAGGUCGCUAUCAAAACUAUAAAGAAAUGCAAGAUCGAAUCGGAGGCGGAUCUGGUGCGCAUCCGGCGGGAGGUGCAGAUCAUGUCCUCCGUGCGGCAUCCCAACAUUGUACAUAUUUAUGAAGUAUUUGAAAAUAGUGAAAAGAUGAUUCUCGUGAUGGAGUACUGCUCCGGCGGAGAACUGUACGACUACCUCAGCCAAAAGAAAGUAUUACAAGAAGACGAAGCGAGAAGGUUAUUCCGCCAGAUCGCGACUGCUGUUUAUUAUUGCCAUAUACAUAAGAUAUGCCAUAGAGAUUUGAAGCUGGAAAAUGUGUUGUUGGACGACACAGGAAGCGCCAAGAUAGCCGACUUCGGUCUUUCAAAUGUGUUCAAAGAAACAUCUCUGCUGUCGACGUUCUGCGGUUCACCUCUGUACGCGUCGCCGGAAAUCGUCAAAGGAACACCUUACAUCGGUCCAGAGGUGGACUGCUGGUCUCUGGGCGUGUUGCUCUACACGCUCGUAUACGGCGCCAUGCCUUUCGACGGGUCCAACUUUAAACGGCUUGUGCGGCAGAUCAGCAACGGGGACUACUACGAGCCCAAGACGCCUUCUACCGCGUCGCCGCUGAUCCGAGAUAUGCUGACGGUGGACCCUCUCAAGCGCGCAGACAUCGUGUAUAUUUGUGAUCACUCAUGGGUGAACUCGGGCUGCGAGACAGGCUGCCUGGAGAUGGCGGAGAUGCUGGCGGCCGAGACGCCGGUGCGCCUGGACCUGCUGCUGUCGCUCGCGCCGCCGCCCAGCAACUCCGUGCUGGUGCCCAACGAGGGUGAACUCACAGCAUCAGAGAGCGGCGCGGAGCUCACGACAUCGGCCUCCAUGGCCAUGGUGGAGCCCAGCAGCUCCGCCGAGAAGAGGAUCCUCGACCUCAUGGCCGAGGGCGGCGAGGACGCGAUCAAGCCGUCGCCGACGCGCACCAUCGUGGCCGACAACAAGCGCAAGCUCGAGCUGGCCGCCUCCGCCGCCGCCGUCGGCAGGAAGAAGGAACGCGUUCAUAGUUCGGCCAGUUUAGCGGGUGCUGCGGCCGAACCGGCAUCGGAACCCAGCACGCCAGAGGCGGUCCAACCCACCCUAAAAUCAUCCGCCACCAUGACGAUAUCCCCCGCCCCCGCGCCGGCACCCGCGGAGCUGGCCAAAGACGCCACCAAGGAGAUCGUCAAACAGCCGCCCGGAAGAACCGAAAACCCCCGCCAAGAAGCCCGUGAAGAAGAAGUGCUGCGAACGGGAGGACUCUCCCGUGUCUCCAGGCGGGGCCGUGUCGGCGGCGGCGGAGCGCAUGGCGGGGCUGGCCGUGGCGGCGCAGGUGCCGGCGCAGGCGCAGGCGCAGCCGCUGCCGGCGCGGCGCAGGCGCCCGCGCAGCCGAAGCCUAAGAAAUUCUCAAUACCGGGCGGCAACGUCGGUAGCUUCAAAGAACAGUUCGAAAGGCGAGCGUCGCUCACCACGGCACCUGAACCCAAACGGACCGUCACCAAACCAGUAUCAAAGAUCGCCAAGCCAAAAGCGCAAAGUGAGGACCGCGAGCUACAGAAGAGUCCGGACAGCGGCUCCGUCAGACUGCAACAAAUCGGGAUAGAACCUUCUCCGGCGCCGGUCGAGGAGAUGAACCGCGGCGGCGUGAAGAAAACCGAGAGCGAGCCCAACCACGGCACGCCCGUCGACGCGUCCGUGCUGCUGCAGGACGCCAGGAGGAGUCUGCAGAACUCGAUGGCGAAGCUGGAGGAGGCCAAGGUGGGCGAGGAGAGCCGGCGCCGCGCCGCGCGGGACAUCAUCUCCAGCGCCAUACGGACAGGCAAGCCGCCGGUGCCCUACGGACGCUCGUCGUCAGCCGGCGUGGCGGCGCUGAGCGCGCUCGCGUCCCCGCCGGCCACCCCCAGCGCGCCCGGCACGCCGCGCCUGUUCCGCACCGAGGCGCAGCACCGCGUCGAGGACCACCGCCCCAGGGGAGUGUCUGUGGAACGCAUCAUCCCUAUCGCCGUGGCUGAGGAGAGCCCGCUGCCCGCGCCCGCGCCCGCUACUGCUCCCGCGCCCGCUGCCGCUCCCGCGCCCGCACCCGCCGUCAGCAGGCAAACUAGUCACCAACCGCUGAGACGAUUAACGUCAAACGAGUCGACCGGCAGCGCGGCCGAGUCCGUUUCAAGCGGCGGCGAACCCAUCAAGAAGAGCGCUAGGGAGUUCAUCAUACCAAUCGCCGUGGAAGGCAAGGGAUACGUCACGCCGAGACAACGCAGCACCGAGCCCGAGAUGACACGCAAGCCGCGCAAGCCUAGACGCAUCAGCAGCCUCGUGAGCGGCGGCGAAUCUGAAGAAGAAGAUGACACCCAUAUGCAUCGCUUGAGGUCGACGCGCGCGGCGCGGGCCGAGUCGGUGAGCUCGGGCGAGGAAGACGAAGAGGACGAGGGCUUCCAUCUACUAACCGCGGAAAAUCUCUUCUCCACCUUACUUCACAGGGUUCGCGCACUGACCAACCGGCUCAACGGCGAGGAGGGCCCCGGCUUCCAGCGCCCGCACUCACUCUUCAACAACCUGCACCACGACAAUUUCUUCAACAGCCCUCACUUACCACGAAGAAACUUGCUACGCGAAGGCUGGGGCUCGCGCGACCUGCACGCGGACUUCGAGUCGAUGUUCAACAAGCCACGCCAGCCGCCGCGAGGUAAUAGUAAGAAAACCGGUAAACAAGGAAGCGAGAAUAGCCAAGACGAGGCGCUGGACCUGUCGGACCUGGACCUGAGUCGCAUGCAGCUGAGCGGGCGCGAGCUGCGCGCGCUGUCCGGCCUCACGCCCGCGCUCUCGCGCCGUCUGCAGCGCCAGCUGCUCGCGCAGCUGCCGCCCGCCGCCGCGCAGCAGCUGCGCCGCACGCUCUCGCUCAACGCUCCCUCCUCCGCUCCCUCCGCCGCCGCCGCCGGGCCCGCGCGCAGCUCCUCCGCCACGCGCUCCGACCGCGACACGUCCGCCGACGACGUCGACGCCGCCCCUGUCGCCUGCGCCACGCUACCGCGGCUGCGGCGGCCCUCCGCCGAGCCCGAGCAGACUCCUCAGCCGCCGCGCGACUCCAGUGCGCGCGCCACGCCCGACCGGCCGCUGCUCAGCAAGUACCUCACUCCGGAGCGCGCUCUAUCUCUGGACGAGUCCUCGGACGGUGGCUCCGUGCUGUCGGAGCCGCUGGCGCGCCGGCACUCGAUGCGGCUGACGCCCGACCGCCCCAGGAAACGCGUCUCGCGCUUCCUUCGCCCCGACUUCUUCGACACGCCGCCCGACGAGAGCGUGUACGCGCGACAGAAGCGCGAGAAAGAGAUGGAAACGCAGAAGAUAUUGAGAGAAAUUCGGGAGAAAAAAAGCAGGGCGCUCGAGUCGGGCGUCAGGAGCCCCGAGUAUGGCACCGUGUCCCCCGUAUUCCGCGAGGAGCCCGUGCUGGCGCGCAAGUGUGUGUCCCCCGGCAUCUUGCUGGCAAAGGAGCGCAGCCGGUCCAACACCCCGUUCUACCCUAUACUGGACAACAUCAAGGAAGCCUCUCUAGACAACCACAGGCUCCCGGAGCUCGCGCCCGUAACCGGCGACAGAAAGACUUACAUAGACAGUAUUUUAGAUAGCAAACUGACCAGGCCCAAAAGUUUCCCUGUAAAAAAUUUGGAACCGUUCGAUGAAAGUAGCACCAUGCCGACGGCAGAACCGCCAGGCAAGGAGGAGAGCAAGGAGAAAACUCUGCCGCGGGAAUCUAAACUUAUACGUCCGAAAAGCUACCCCACUAGUAGCCCGUCGCCUGAAAAAGUAUACAUCAAUCGCACUUCCAAAACAGACGAAACUGUCAACAAUACUAGUAAUCCGGUGAAAGAGGAAACUCUGCCGCCGCCUCUUAAUAGUAAAAACGAUGUUGAAGUCAGUUUUAGUAUUAGUUUACCCAAGAAAGCAAAACCUGUUGCACCAGUUAAGACGGAAAAUUCAAACGACCCGAUUCUAAUAAAAGAACAAGCGCCAGAUGUCAAAGAUAGUCCGACCACAAAUUUAGUUUUGAAAAAAUUCGUAGUAGUAAAUAACGAAAGUGAGAAAACAGAUAGUAAAGAUCAUAAAAUUGAAAAUGGUAUCGCGAAUGGUAAUUUGAACGGCCAUGCUGUUAAAGUUGAACCAAAAACUGACGCGAAACCGAAAGUAGUCAAUAGCGCUUCUAAGAAAGAAAUUACACAAAAAUCUUUAGAAACUGAAGGAACCGAAAAGAAAGGGACUAUUAAAAAGAAAAUAAUCAAGAAAGUUUCAUCCAAAUCAAAGACUGACGUAGGUAACGCGGACUCGAAAGAUAAACCCGCCACAGAAAAGAAAAAAGUCACAAAGAAAGUGAAAGAAAAGGAUUCAGAAAACGGUGCCAAAUCUACCGUCACAAAAAAGAAAUCUGUUCUGCAGUCAAUAGGGCAUAAGUUAGAAAAGUUCACGUCGUCCAAGUCGAACUCCCCCGAAAAGGGGUGCGAGACCAAAACUGUUAGCGAACCUAAGAAAGAGACGGGUAGACUGAGCCGCACGCAGCGGGAGCACUCCGUCCCGGCCGGCAGCGAGCCGCCCACCGAGUCCGGCCUCAUCAAGCGCGCCGUCACGCUCACCGACGUGGCCGCGCUCCACCCGCCGCAGCCCAGCAGGACCACCGUCUCCAAGGUCCUGGGACUCUUCAAAAAGUUCGAACCCAAAGAUAAAGUAGUUAAACCGCUAGAGAAAACUCUCAAUGAUCCAGAGCCGACCAAAGAAAUUAUUCCCGAGAGUGAACCGGUACACGAGCCUACCGACGAUAAACCCAAACGACCCACGUCGUUGCUGCUCAACGGUCUGGGUCGAAAGAAGUACGGGAAAAGCGCCAGCGACAGCGUUUCCGUAACGAACGAAAACAACGAACAUACAGUACUUAAGAAAGAUACCGAAUCUAAAAGUAAAAAUAGUUUAAAACUGGAUUUCUCCAGAUUGCCAAGAGUUAAGAAAAUAGUUCCUACCGAUCCUGUGAUAGAACCGCAAAUAGUGACCGUUUCCCCCGUAGGUAAAGAAAUCGAAAAGGAGGUGGAGAGCAACGGAACUUGUGAGCCGGACGGCGACGCGACGAUGCGUAGCCGGUCGCGCAGCCGCUCCGCCUUCUCCGGCUCGGAGCCGCGGACCGAGCCCGCGCACCCGCUGCGCAACCACGAGCCCACCACGCCCGAGCGCGAGGACAUCGUCGACAGAAUACGAAGGAAGAGCUUCUACUCGAGGUUCAACGAAAAGAAACAACGAAGGAAGAGCAAUCUAGUCGGGCCGGGCGCCACCGAGUACGAUCCCAUCGCCGUGCUGCACGGCACCGAGCGGUCCGACCCCGGCUCGCCCGGCAGCCUCGACCUGUCGCCGGGCUUCUCCGCCGCCUCCGACCUCUCCCCCUCCGCCGAGCGCUACCGAUCUCUCUUGACUGAUACGCCCAUUAGCACUAGGAAUAACUUAAGAUUUGAUAAUUACGGACUGAACGAUAAGAUAGACACGUACCGAUCUCUCGACAGGAACGAGUUCCGGAAGUAUCCGACGCGAAGUUACCUAGAUUACGAGCAGGGGUCGUACGGGGGGCUGAGCCACCGCUACGCGCGCACGGCGUCGCUGCUGGAGGGCGCGGGCGCGGGCGCGGAGGCGCGCGAGCCGGCGCGCUACUCGCGCACGCUGUCCAUGUACUCGCCCGGCAACUACGCCACCUACCGCCCCAAGCGCACCAGGAACUCCGCCAUCAUCCUCAAAGAGACCGAGAAGGAGCCGAGCCCCGAUAACAUAUUAGACAGAAUUAGACAAAGAAAAAAUUAUUCGAUUAGCGUCACUCGCAAACCGGACCUCGAAAAGGAACCCUCACCAAGAUCCGCUGUCCCACCUGAAGGCGAAGGCGACGGUGCAGAACGCGCUACGGAAGCUCACUGAGCGGAACUACUAGCCAACGGCGCUGCGGCCCUACUCGAAGCAUUUGUUAACUAUUCACUCGUCGGAUGUAGUUUCGCCACUCUUAUACAUAAUCUCCGAAUGCCUUUUUUCAUUUCUGUUAAAUUAUUUACGACUCCAUGUCUUUGAGACUGUUACAAUUCUUGCCAAUACAUAAUGAAGGAUUUGCACGAGUAUAGCUAUUUUAGAAUCUCAAAUGACGGUUUUUUGUAGCGAGUCUGCCGAUUGUGGCAAGGAGCUAGGAGUAUUUAUUUAAUGGUAUAUUAGAUAGCAGUAUACCCUAAGUGUGAAUAAAUAAAUAGAUCUUGAAGUCUAAUAUUAGGUACCAAUUUUUUGGAUAUCAGAUAGAUGCUAUAUGUAUUUCAGGAUUUGCUGUACAAGCUUCCAGACUGUGACUAGACCACGGCGAGCCCGUAUUGACGUAAUAUUUUGCCAACAUAAACUUUGUUGAUAUCUAUUGUAAAUCGAUUCUUAUGUGCCUUUACUAUAACAAAAUGACUGGAUUUGAUAUAGUCAGUUUUAUUCAAAGAAAUCUAAAUGACACGAUUUUAUUGUGUGUUUGCACAAAAUAUGUUUAUUCGAUAUUAUGUAUAUUAAUUUUAAUUAAAUACAUCCAUUUACAUUUUACAGACCCUAAGUCAAUUUAAGUUUAAAUGUUAAUAGUCAUAAAUUGAUUGCUAAGUCACGCCCUUAAUGUAUAAUCGAAUAGAAUGGUGCUUAGUUGAGGUUUUGUUAGAAAUAACUUGUAUUAUAGAGAUUUUAUGAGAUCACUUACACCAGCUGUAUUUAGCGUAAGUUUUACGUUUUUAUCAGUUUUAUAGAGAGUUAGGUAACGAGUUGUGGAAACCGUGUGUUGUGCCGCGACGGCAUGUGUUAAAAGCAAUCAUUUAGACGAUCCAUUUCAUAUUUUGUACUUUAUUGAUCCUAUUUAUUAAUUUUCAUAGUAUUGAUGAAUUUAUUUAUUGGUGUGUGGUGAUUUUUAAUAUUUUCCUGUCACUCGUAGUCGCCGUAUUGGUGAAACAGAAACUGUGAUUAUUAAGAUAAAUAUUGAAAUUACUAUCACACUCGUUUUGUAUUGAAUGUGAAUAAAUUAUAUAGUUGAAAAA